GCCAACUCUGUCAUUCUUUUCGCGAACCAGCUCACGGGUUGGAUUUUGUUUGGUUUUUUCUUAUUUGUUUUUUCUUUCACUCUUUAUUUUUUUUUUUUCCCGACCACUACUAGUAUAUCUUUUUAAUUGUCCUCCGAGAGCUGGUCCUCUUUCCCGCAUCCGUGCUUCCAUUCUUGUUUCCCUUCACCCCGGUCAACAGGUUGACGACGUUCUUUAAACUCUUUAAUACCUUGCCUUCCUCCCAUUAGAGGUCGCACAUUUACAUUCUCUCCGGCCGGUCCGAUCAUUUGGCUUUGGGUUUUCUUUAGUACGCACAUCCGCUACUACUCGUACUAUCAUACCACUUGCUGCGACAACAACGAGGGUCACCACUACUACUAUUACUACUAUUUACUAAAUCAACUGCUGUUGCUACUACUGCAGGUACUACUACUGCAACUGCUACAUACCCACGCACCCCACACGUACAGUACAUACAUACACAUACAUACAUUUACGAUAUCUUUUUUCUUUUCUUUUCCUUCAUUCCUUCUUUUCACUGUACGAUUAUUGUCUUUGUACUACUUCUAAAGGUUGAACAUAGAUGCACGCGUUAGCCAUGGACUCAAUUCUUGCACACCAGCGGAGUGCUCCCAAAAACCCUUUUACUAUCCCUCAGACCCAAUUCAGGCUCUCAAACCUGCCAGAUACUUUGCCUCGAACAUUCCAAUCAACCAUGGGCUCCCCUCUUCCAGAAUCCUUUGCCCUGUGGCCGCCAACCCCGCGCACCAAUAGAGACAGACCUACGACGGUCCAUGAAACUAGCUUUUCAUAUUCUCUUCCUGAAGACUGCUCAGCUGCUACUACCUCUUGGGAUCCAAAUUGCCUGCCUAUGGCAUUGACCUCCGAGAACCAUAAUAUGGAAACCAAUGGGGUGGACAUGUCCCAACAAUACGAGGAUAACUCAUUAGAUCAUAAUGAUUGGAACCGUCCUCGUGGUGGUGACUACAGUUCGGUGUUCCGUAACCUGGACAAUGAUGUGGAACCUCUGGGGUCCAGCUAUGGGAGCAGCAGUAAUGGUACAAGUCUACUCGAUCCCCACUAUCCAUACUCCACACAGCCUAGAGACGGCGAUAGCUUGAGUUUGAAUACCAACUUUCCUCGCCGCUUAUCAGAUGCCGCCUCACUGUCGAGUGCAGAUGCGCUGGUAUCAGCAUCGGACAUGCCCUACGACGAUUACCCUUCUUAUGAGGGAUCAGCCAUGACCGACUACACUCACAGAACGCCAUUGACAAUGUCCACCACCACCACACCGCUUUCACCUGUAAUGUCGCCACGCCAGACUAGCCGGAUGUCGGUUCGUAGUGCUAGUAGGGGUCGGGCUUCACCUUCCCCAUCACGCGCCCUAAAUGUUCGAUCUGCGCCGUACCAUACUGGAAGUAGGGAUGCAGCGAACAAGAGGUGGUCCACCGGAUCCUUCAUACCAGGGUCGCAGGCUUCAUCUCCGUAUAUCAGCCACGUUGAUCCGCACUUGCAAUCACAAUUCCACUCCCACCAUUCCUCACCAACAUGUUCCUCCGCACACCCCGCCCCGCAGCAACUCCUCCUCUCGCACAACCAUGGUUUCCCCCGAGCAAGUGGCCUGCUGCCCAGCUCAUACAUGGAUACUUCGUCAUCACCGCACGACUGCCACCCGCAGAUGCCGAACCACAUCCUUGUCAAGAUGCUCCACUCCAGCGCAACGGAGCACUACCGCAGCCACUACACUGACCUCACCGAACCUCCGGAUCUCUAUGCUUCCCUGAACGAGGAGCAGAUCCCGCCUCCCCCAGAGGACAUGGACCCCGAAGACCCGGACCUCAAGCCCCACGAGCAGGAGCUCAGGUUCGAGGGGGACCUGUACACACCCAGAUGGGUCCGCGGUCACGGGAAUAAGCGCGAGGGAUGGUGCGGGAUCUGCAAGCCUGGGCGCUGGUUGGUGCUCAAAAACUCUGCGUUCUGGUACGACAAGUCCUUCACCCACGGCAUCAGUGCGGCUACCGGGCAGAGGUUCUUGGAGCCCGAAACAGUGAGGAGGAUGGAGGGGAAUCCGGACGUUUGGGAAGGUCUAUGCCAUUCAUGCAAAGAUUGGGUUGCCUUGGUUAGCAAUAAGAAGAAGGGGACUACUUGGUUCAGACAUGCCUACAAGUGCCACACACAUCCCAAGAUCAAAGAUGCACCAAAGCGGAGGAGGGAGAGUAGUCAAGGCAAAGCCGCUGCAGCAGCUGCAGCCGCAAAAGCAAAAGUGGAUGCUAUAAAGAUGAAUGGGAUGCACCAUGAGUCGAUGGGAUGA